GCUUACCAAUAGCCUUAUUAUUGGAGUUAGAUUGAAGAAUACACAGCUUGGAAAUAAUUUCUUUAGAAACUUGACUUUUCAUAAACCUAUUCCGAUCAAGCAGAUUCCCAAAAAUUUGAUAUCUGCGUGGAAGAACGAGUUUCAAAAACCUGAAUCAGGUGAUGUUAAAAUUACCGUUCAAGGGCAGACUAUUUUUGCGAGCAGCUCAAUUCUUGCUAGACGUUCGGAAUAUUUUCAAAGUAUGUUUAAUGGAUCAUGGUCAGAGUCCAUAGCUUGUCGACAAUAUCGAUAUUCAAUUGAUAUUCCAGAUUUUGAUUAUCAAACCACCCUUCAAAUGCUUAUAUAUCUCUAUACUGAUCAAGUGGAUAUUAAUAAUUGUCCAAAUGUUUGGAAUCUUUAUACCAUCGCCAACAAAUAUCUUAUUUCAGGCUUGGAAAUGGAGGCAAAAUUAAAAAUUCUUGAGGGAAUGAAUAUUGAUAAUGCCGUAGAAGGGUUGUUUAGUAAUGCGUGGAAAUGGCCUGAUCUGAAGAAAAGGUUCUUGAGAUACGUUGUCGAUAAUUUUUUACAAAUUAGGAAUAGUCAAGUAUACAAAGAUAUUGUAGCAGACCGUUCGAAAUAUCCAAUGUUUCUUGAGUUAAAUAGCGAAAUUUUAUUGACAUUUGUUCCUGAAUCGGUAGAAUCAUGA